AUGGAGGCGACGCGGGACGCAGCGGUCGAGCUGCUGUUCUAUGUGAACGGCCGCAAGGUGAUAGAAAAGAAUGCUGAUCCUGAAACAAUGCUGUUACCAUACCUGAGGAAGAAGCUACGCUUCACAGGGACUAAGUAUGGCUGUGGAGGUGGCGGCUGUGGUGCCUGUACAGUGAUGAUAUCACGAUACAAUCCCGUCACCAAGAAGAUACGACAUUAUCCAGCCAACGCCUGUCUGAUCCCCAUAUGCUCGCUGUAUGGUGCUGCUGUCACCACAGUGGAAGGCAUAGGAAGCACCAGCACCAGGCUUCAUCCUGUACAGGAGAGGAUUGCCAAGUGUCACGGUACCCAGUGUGGAUUCUGCACCCCGGGCAUGGUGAUGUCCAUGUACACCUUGUUGAGAAAUCACCCAGAGCCCUCUAUGGAACAGCUGACCGAUGCUCUUGGUGGUAACCUGUGUCGUUGCACUGGAUACAGGCCCAUCAUAGACGCUUGCAGGACUUUUUGUAAAACUACUGACUGCUGUCAAAUUAAGGAAAAUGGAGUUUGCUGUUUGGAUCAAGCAACAAAUGGGUUGCCUGAACUUGAAGAAGAAAGUAAGGAAAGCCUAAAACUCUUCUCAGAAGAGGAGUUUCUGCCACUGGAUCCCACUCAGGAACUGAUCUUUCCUCCUGAGCUAAUGAUAUUAGCUGAGAAACAACCACAAAAGACCAGAGUUUUUGGUGGAGAGAGAAUGACCUGGAUUUCCCCAGUGACCCUGAAGGAGCUUCUGGACGUGAAGGACCAGCAUCCUCAAGCUCCCAUUGUGAUGGGGAACACCUCUGUGGGACCUGAAGUGAAAUUUAAAGGUGUCUUCCACCCAAUUAUUAUUUCUCCAGAUAGAAUUGAAGAACUGAGUAUUAUAAAACAUACAGAUAAUGGGCUGACCUUAGGUGCCGGCCUCAGUCUGGCUCAAGUGAAGGAUGUCCUGGCCGAUGUGAUCCAGAAGUUUCCAGAGGAGAAGACGCAGACAUACCGGGCUCUCUGGAAGCAUUUGGGAACUCUGGCUGGGUCCCAGAUCAGAAACAUGGCGUCUUUAGGAGGCCACAUCGUGAGCCGACAUCUAGACUCAGAUCUGAAUCCUCUCCUGGCUGUGGGCAACUCUACUCUCAACUUGCUGUCGAAAGGAGGAAAACGGCAGAUUCCUCUGAAUGAUGAGUUUCUAAAAAAAUGCUCCCAGGCAGAUCUUAAGCCCGAAGAAAUCUUGAUCUCAGUGACCAUCCCUUAUUCGAGGAAGAGGGAAUUCGUAUCUGCCUUUCGACAAGCACAGCGACAGCAGAAUGCCCUAGCGAUAGUCAAUUCGGGGAUGAGAGUCUUUUUUGGACAAAGGAAAGGUGUCAUUAGAGAGCUGGCCAUUGCCUACGGCGGCGUUGGUCCAACCAUCAUCUGUGCACGCAGCUCCUGCCAGAGGCUCAUUGGAAGGGCCUGGAAUGAAGAGAUGCUAGACGUGGCUUGCAGGCUGAUUCUGGACGAGGUCUCCCUCCCGGGCUCGGCACCGGGUGGGAAAGUGGAAUUUAAGCGGACUCUCAUCGUCAGCUUCCUCUUCAAGUUCUACCUGGAAGUGUCACAGAUUUUGAAGACGAUGGACCCAGUGCACUAUCCUAGUCUUGCAGACAACUACGUGAGUGCUUUAGAAGAUCUGCAUUCCAAACACCACUGGAGUGAAUUAAAGUACCAGAGUGUGGACCCACAGCAACUUCCUCAAGACACAAUUGGCCAUCCCAUCAUGCAUCUCUCUGGCAUUAAGCAUGCCACAGGUGAAGCCAUCUACUGUGAUGAUAUGCCUGCAGUGGAUCGAGAACUUUUCUUGACUUUUGUAACCAGUUCAAAGGCUCAUGCGAAGAUUGUGUCUUUGGAUGUGUCCGAAGCGCUCAGCCUGCCAGGUGUGGUGGAUAUUGUGACCGCUGAACACCUUCAUGGAGUAAACUCCUUCAGCACUUUAGGAGAACCGGAAAACCUUCUGGCAGCAGAUGAAGUGUCUUGUGUGGGUCAGCUGGUCUGCGCUGUGAUUGCAGAUUCCCAGGUCCAAGCAAAGCAAGCUGCUAAGAGAGUGAAGAUUAUUUACAAGGAGUUGGAACCACUGAUCCUGACAAUUGAGGAAGCUAUAAAGCACAACUCCUUCUUUGAGCCAGAAAGGAAGCUGGAAUAUGGAAAUGUUGAUGAAGCAUUUAAAGUGGCUGACCAGAUUCUUGAAGGUGAGAUAUAUAUAGGAGGCCAAGAACAUUUUUAUAUGGAAACCCAAAGCAUGCUUGUGGUGCCCAAAGGAGAAGAUCAAGAAAUGGAUGUUUACGUUUCCACACAGUUUCCUAAAUACAUACAGGAUAUCGUGGCCUCAACCUUGAAGGUCCCAGCUAACAAGGUCAUGUGCCAUGUGAAGCGUGUUGGAGGGGCGUUCGGGGGAAAGGUGACGAAAACGGGCAUCAUGGCGGCCAUCACCGCGUUUGCUGCAAACAAACUUGGCCGUGCAGUCCGUUGCAUCCUGGAACGAGGAGAAGACAUGUUAAUAACUGGAGGCCGCCACCCUUACCUUGGGAAGUACAAAGUUGGCUUCAUGAACGAUGGCAGAAUCUUGGCCCUGGAUACUGUGCAUUAUAGCAAUGGAGGUGCCUCCCUGGAUGAAUCAGUAUUUGUGAUAGAGAUGGGAGUUCUGAAAAUGGACAAUGCUUACAAGUUUCCCAACCUGCGCUGCCGGGCCCGGGCCUGCAGAACCAAUCUUCCAUCCAACACAGCUUUGCGUGGAUUUGGGUUUCCUCAGGCAGCACUGAUCACUGAAUCCUGUAUCACGGAUGUGGCAGCCAGAUGUGGUUUGUCCCCUGAGAAGGUCCGAACAAUAAACAUGUACAAGGAGAUUGAUCAGACACCCUACAAACAAGAGAUUGAUGCCAAGAACCUGAUCCAGUGCUGGAAAGAAUGCAUGGCCAUGUCUUCUUACUCUCUGAGGAAAGCAGCCGUGGAGAGAUUCAACACAGAGAAUCACUGGAAGAAGAAAGGACUGGCCAUGGUCCCUCUGAAGUUUCCUAUUGGCAUGGGCUCGCUCGCUGCCAGCCAGGCUGCUGCCCUGGUUCACAUUUACCUAGAUGGGUCUGUGCUGGUAACUCAUGGUGGAAUUGAAAUGGGACAAGGGGUCCACACAAAAAUGAUUCAGGUGGCCAGCCGUGAACUAAAGAUGCCAAUGUCAAACGUUCACCUCCGCGGAACAAGCACGGAAACCGUCCCCAAUGCAAAUGUCUCUGGAGGCUCAGUGGUGGCGGAUCUCAAUGGGCUAGCAGUGAAGGAUGCUUGUCAAACUCUGCUAAAACGCCUUGAACCUAUCAUCAGCAAGAAUCCUCAGGGCACCUGGAAGGAUUGGGCCAAUGCUGCUUUUGAUGAAAGCAUUAGUCUUUCAGCCACUGGCUACUUCAGGGGUUAUGAGUCCAACAUGGAUUGGGAAAAAAGCAAAGGCCAUCCCUUCGAAUAUUUUGUGUAUGGCGCUGCCUGUUCUGAAGUUGAAAUAGAUUGCCUGACUGGUAAUCAUAAGAAUAUCAGAACAGACAUUGUCAUGGAUGUUGGCCGCAGUAUAAAUCCCGCUCUUGACAUAGGCCAGAUCGAGGGAGCAUUUAUUCAAGGCAUGGGGCUGUAUACAAUAGAAGAACUGAGUUAUUCUCCUCAAGGCGUCCUGUACACACGUGGUCCCAGUCAAUACAAAAUCCCCACCAUCUGCGACGUCCCCACAGAGCUGCACGUCUCUUUGUUGCCUCCGUCUCAAAACUCCAAUACCCUGUAUUCAUCUAAGGGUCUGGGAGAGUCUGGGCUGUUCUUGGGGUGCUCUGUCUUUUUUGCCAUCCAAGAUGCAGUGAGUGCAGCUCGGCAGGAGAGAGGCCUGUGUGAACCACUGAUGCUCAAUAGCCCACUGACACCGGAGAAAAUCAGAAUGGCUUGUGAAGACAAGUUCACAAAAAUGAUCCCAAGAGAUGAACCUGGAUCUUAUGUUCCUUGGAAUAUACGUGUGUGA